AUGGCGACAGCGGCGGAACUCGGCACCGGAGGUGUAGACGUGACCGGAAAGCCGAUUUUUGUGGCGACUGAGCACACCCGCUACGCCCCUAGCACCGAACGCGAGCUCUCUGACCAGGAGCAGCUAGCAUGGAAGUCAUUUCAGCUCUGGCGCACGUCGCUUUCCAUUGAGCGUCGUGACCACGUGUACCGGACCAUCACGAACGCCGACUACACCAACUUCAACCUCACACGCCAUAUCAUGGGCACGCCAUUUCCCGUGAUCGAAAACACCCCUUCUAUUAUUAACACGGUCGCCGGCGUGCGCAUGUACGAGCACGGCAUCGCUGCUUUUCUAGGGUUCAGCUACAGCAUGUGGGUGCGCUCCAAGGCGUCGCUGCGCCACACCCGCUUGCAUCCGUCGACCCGCUUCUUCGUUUCCUUCGGCACCUUCGUCUUCGCCGACAUGUGCUUCUGGUACCGUAGCAUGUUUCGUCUUUCUGGUUUCCUGCCGAACGACUACGAGUGUAGAAAGUUCGGCGUUAUGGAGUCAAAGGAGCGGCUGGAGCGAAAAAAGGAGUUGUGGGCCAAGUACACGGCGUAUAAGCGGGAGUGGUGCCGCCGCUUUGACUACCAUGUCUACGGCAUCCGCCCCGGCGAGACGUUCAGCCUCUUCUCUGCUUGCUGGUUCCCGGCGUGGUCUACGCCGUACGGUACGAUCACCGACUACCCGUUGCGCAAGAACCCGUACUUCCUUAGCGCCACCCCCUUGCGGGACAUGUACGGCGAGUAUGCCUGUACGAUGGAGCUGCCGAAAUCUGAGUACUCACCGCUGUCCAAGGCAAGGCCGGAGGUCAACUACACAUUCCGUGGCCCGCUUGUUGCCUCGGAGAGCACGAAGUCCUCCGCCGCGUGA